AUGAAGGAUGGUCAAAUUGACGGAGCAAGUUGCGCCAACCGUGUCGGGGCCUGCGCCUCCCGUCCACCCUGCACCGCGUCCUGUGUCGUGCUGUACAAUCCUGUGCCCUCACCAACACCCUUCAAACAAGCCUUUCAAAACCAUUACCGCAUCGUCUCUCCGCACCCCUACACUCCUCCACCCCUUCCCCCUCCACCUUUCCCUUCACCCACCCCCUCCCUCGCCACCCACCCCGCCUUCUGUCCCCCGACAUAUCCCCCGAUGAACGCCGCAGCAGAUACAGCCGCGGCCUCGCUCACCCCCUCCACAGACUCCUUCGCCUCCGCCACCGAGCGACAGCUCCUCGAGGACCUCGCUUCAAUCAUCAACGAGCGUCGCGACAUCCUCGCCGCUGUCACCGCCCCAUGCUCUCCAGACCUCGCCCUCCUCCACCAGGACCUGCGCAAGAGGCUCCAGUCCGCCGCAGAUCUCCGCGAUUAUAAGCUCGCCAACCUCCGCGCCAACUUCGACGUUGACUGCCAGCAGGCCUGGAACGACUUCCAACGCGCCAAGAAGGAUCUCCGAACUGACAUCCUCAACGUCGCCGUUGACCGCAGACGGAGAAUCGAUGCCAUCCGCGCUUCAGGUAUGUCGUCUGCACGCCAUGUGCCCUGCUCCACUUUCUCGCCUCGCCUGUAUUUCACCUCGCUGACAUUCUCUUUCUCCCUCUCAUCUCACACUCCUACAGCCGUCGCCAAGAGGAAGAAGCGCCGCAGUAGCGUCGGCACGGAGCGCCUGGCCAAGCGGCUGCGCGCAGAUGGAAACCGCCUCUUCCUUGCCUCGCUCGAAAAGCAGGGCAUGCUCCGAGUCGCCGCCACUCCAGACGAAGUCAACAACGACCUCGCCCUCAUCUUGCACGGCAUGGAUUCCCAACGUGCUAGUGGUCCCUCCCGUAUCGGCGUCGAUCGCCCCCAAGAUCUCUCCGUCCGUGGAGUGGACAGGAUUCAUUCAUCGAGAGGCAUAUUGCACUACCAUGACAUCACCUACGAGAAGGGCGAUCGCGUCGCCAUAUUCGGACAACUUCGACCGAAUGGGACCCGGGGACCCAGGUACGCGGGAAUUAUUCUUGCCGUUAGUUCGAAGGAACUUCAUAUUAAGACGGAUGAUGGUUUCCCGCACCGCGUAUAUGUGACUCAUCUUCGAAAUGGACGCCUCGCAAUGAAGCCAGCCACGGAAGUGGCAGCCUCAUAGCAAGCCUAUUCGUUUACGGGCUAAUCUACGUGCAGCCGUCGUGUGAUGGUUCCUAGACUUCCGUUUCUUCAUGAUGAUCCCAAGCAGCAUCCUUCUAACAACAACGUACUCGUCGUUCCGCAAGAGUGCUUUGUAGGCCAGGCACUGUGGUAACAAAAUGUCUAACCAGUCCAGUCGUAUAUCCCAAUUUCCCGUAUCCUUUCAAAGUAAAGAAGAUGUACAUAUCCUAGUUCAUAAGUCAA